AGAAUUACAGGAAAAAUCAAAUUGCGACCCCGAUUAUAUUUUGUCCAAAGAAGAGAACUCUUUUUUUCGAAUUAGGAGGAAAGGGCUCGUUGCCACUCUAUACAGGCACACGCUAAUCUCGCGGAUACAUCUCUCUCUCUCUCUCUCUCUCUCUCUCCAUUUCUAGGGUUCUGAAAUCAAAACCACCCUUGAGGAGAGUUCUGGCAUGAGGAAUUGAUCACUCACUAGGUCCAGCACCAAUAAUCAAACAAUGAGAAGCAGGGCACAUCUCCUAUUCCUCCUCCUCUUCUCCCUGAGUAUCAUCUCCUCAGUCUCAUCCUGGAAAAGAGACGAAUUCAGGACCUGUAACCAAACCCCGUUCUGCAAGCGCGCCCGGUCCCGCAAACCCGGAUCCUCCCCCCUCGUCGCGACCCACGUCGCUGUCUCUGACGGCGACCUCAUCGCCAAGCUCACCAACCCUAACCAAGAGGACCCAGUCAACCCAUUGGUCCUAACUCUCUCCGCGUACCACGACGGCGUAUUGCGCCUCCAGAUCGACGAGGACCCGAGCCUCGACCCGCCCAAGAAGCGCUUCCAAGUGCCCGACGUCAUCGUUCCUGAGUUCUUGAACAACAAGCUAUGGUUGCAGAAGCUCUCCGAGGAGGUGAUCGGCCGCGAUUUGGGCCCCUCCUCGGUCGUCUACUUGUCGGACGGGUACGAGGCUGUCCUUCGCCACGACCCGUUCGAGGUCUAUGUCCGAGAAAAAGGAGGGGGUAAGCGUGUUGUGUCUUUCAAUUCGCAUGGCUUGUUUGAUUUCGAACAGUUGAGGGUUAAAAAGGAAGGGGAGGAUUGGGAGGAGAGGUUUAGGAGUCAUACCGAUAAAAGGCCUUACGGGCCGCAAUCGAUUAGCUUCGACGUGUCGUUUCACGAGGCCGAUUUUGUGUACGGCAUUCCUGAACAUGCAACUAGUCUUGCUCUCAAGCCGACGAAAGGGCCCGGGGUAGAAGAAUCUGAACCGUAUAGGCUGUUUAAUCUAGACGUGUUUGAGUAUAUACACGAUUCGCCCUUCGGGCUUUAUGGGUCAGUACCUUUAAUGAUCUCGCACGGUAAAGCUCGGGGGACUUCGGGGUUUUUCUGGUUUAAUGCUGCUGAGAUGCAGAUUGAUGUUCUCGGGUCUGGUUGGGAUGCCGAGGACUCCAUUGGGUUGCCUUCGGAUCAGAACCGAAUUGAUACUAUGUGGAUAUCGGAAGCUGGUGUCGUGGAUGCCUUCUUUUUUGUGGGUCCUGGGCCGAAAGAUGUGGUUCGGCAGUAUACUAGUGUGACGGGAACUCCAGCAUUGCCUCAGUUCUUUGCCACAGCUUAUCAUCAAUGCAGGUGGAAUUACAGGGAUGAGGAGGACGUUGCGCAGGUUGAUUCAAAAUUCGAUGUGCAUGAUAUCCCGUACGACGUUUUGUGGCUUGAUAUUGAGCAUACGGAGGGGAAGAAGUAUUUCACAUGGGACAGGGUUCUGUUCCCUAACCCGGAAGAGAUGCAGAAGAAAUUGGAUGCGAAGGGUAGGCACAUGGUAACUAUUGUGGACCCUCACAUUAAGAGGGAUGAGUCCUUCCACUUGCAUAAGGAGGCUACAGAGAAGGGUUAUUAUGUUAAGGAUGCAAGUGGUAAGGAUUAUGAUGGGUGGUGCUGGCCUGGUUCCUCCUCGUACCCUGAUAUGUUAAACCCAGAGAUCAGGUCAUGGUGGGCUGACAAGUUCUCAUAUGCGAAUUAUGUCGGUUCUACACCUUCAUUGUACAUAUGGAAUGACAUGAAUGAACCUUCUGUUUUUAAUGGUCCAGAGGUGACAAUGCCCAGAGAUGCUUUACAUUAUGGAGGUGUUGAGCACCGAGAAGUACAUAAUGCAUAUGGGUAUUACUUUCACAUGGCUACUGCAGAUGGGCUGGUAAAGAGAGGUAAUGGGAAAGACAGGCCUUUCGUUCUGUCUAGGGCAGUUUUUCCUGGAAGCCAAAGGCAUGGAGCAGUUUGGACAGGAGAUAACACAGCAGAGUGGGAACACCUCAAGGUUUCAGUUCCAAUGGUUUUAACUCUUGGUCUUACUGGAGUCGCAUUCUCUGGUGCCGAUGUUGGUGGCUUCUUUGGGAAUCCUGAGCCGGAGUUGUUAGUUCGUUGGUACCAGCUAGGUGCCUACUAUCCUUUCUUUAGAGGUCAUGCCCAUCAUGACACCAAGAGACGAGAACCUUGGUUAUUUGGAGAGCGAAAUACGGAACUCAUUAGGGAAGCAAUACAUAUUCGUUACAUGUUGCUGCCGUAUUUCUAUACACUCUUCAGAGAGGCAAACACAAGUGGUGUUCCAGUUAUGCGUCCACUUUGGAUGGAGUUCCCAGCAGAUGAAGCUACUUUCAGCAAUGAUGAAGCCUUCAUGGUUGGGAGCAGUCUUUUGGUGCAAGGGAUAUUCACUGAGCGAGCGAAACAUGCGUCGGUAUAUUUGCCCAGUGGACAAUCAUGGUAUUACCUGAGUUCUGGGACUGCAUACAAAGGAGGCACGACUCAUAAGAUGGAGGUUUUGGAAGAUAGCGUUCCUACCUUCCAACGGGCUGGAACCAUUAUACCAAGGAAAGACCGGUUCCGUAGAAGCUCCACACAAAUGGCCAAUGAUCCUUACACUCUGGUGAUAGCCCUUAAUAGUACCCAAGAAGCUGAAGGCGAACUCUAUACCGAUGAUGGCAAGAGCUUUGAGUUUGCACAAGGAGCCUACAUACACCGGCGCUUUGUAUUCUCCGAUGGGAAGCUGACUUCUUCAAACAUGGCCCCUUAUACCUCUGGCAAAAGCCAAUUUUCCUCGGGUUGCAGUAUUGAGAGGAUUGUACUACUAGGAUACUCCGGCAGGCCAAAAAGUGCCCUUAUUGAACCAGCAAACCACAAGGCUGACAUUGAACUGGGGCCACUUUUCCUUCUGAAGGGGCACAGCCCCAUUGUUCUCACCAUCCGUAAGCCAAAUGUUCGGAUCGGAGAAGAUUGGACAAUUAGAGUUAUGUGAGAACUGAAUACUUGCUCAACCAUGAGCAUGCAAUUGGUUGGAAGGCACCAUAUUUUUCUAGGAUUUCGUUAUUACAAAAUGGUCAGUUUCCUUUAUCGAUCAAGUGUUGAAGUGUAUGGGACUUGUUUGUAGUUUAAUUUCACCAGGUACACCGUUCUAUACAGCGGUUCAUGGGCGAGGCGAGCCCUCUUUGGUUGCUUACAGCCAA